AAGAUAAAAAGACAGAAGCAUGUUAAGAAAACAUUGAAAUUUUAUAAAACACAUUUCGGAAUUGGUCCGCCAUUUAAAAUUUUGAUCGACGGGACGUUCUGCAAAGUUGCUUUACAUUUUCAAAUUAACAUUUUUGAACAAAUGCCAAAAUAUUUAGACUGUGAUGUUCAUCUGUCAACUACUAAUUGUGCCCUUGCAGAAUGCUCAACUUUUGGAUUCAGGCAUGAUUUACCACUUUAUGGAGUUUACAAAGUUAUUAGCCAAUAUUCUGUCGUUGAAUGUGGCCACAAAAAUCCAUUAUCACCAAGUGAAUGUUUGUUGAGGAUGGCGAAAAAGAAUGUUGGAUAUUUUGUUGCCACUCAGGACCAGAAAUUGAGUGCCAGUGUAAGAUCCCUGCAUGCUGUUCCUCUCUUGUACAUUUCUCACAAGUCAAUCAACCUGGAAGCGCCCUCCUUACCUUCAAAGCACCUGGCACAACAAAAGGAAAUAGUAAAGUUUAAUUUGUCUGAACAGGAACAGAAGCAACUGAAUGACUUCAAAGAAGCUACAAUUGAUAAGGAUGCUAUAAAGCCAAAAAGAAAAAAAAUCAAAGGACCCAAUCCACUUUCCUGUAAAAAAAAGAAAGCUAAGCCUGUUGAUGUUAACGGCAUUAACAAACGACAUCGCAAACGAAAACGA